AUGUCUCCUCACGCAACCAACACCGAUGCCGUCAAUGGCGCAUCCUCCUCUUCUGCUGCUCCUGCUCCUGCUGCCGCUGGACCCAAACUGACCGUCAAGUCAGACAAGUCGCGAGUGGACGGGCAGGGAAACAUCCUCACAGACUACCUCUACGAAAACUCUGUUGUCAAGAAGCAAGCAGAUGGAUCCGUUGAAAUCAUCCCAACCCAGCACAAAGUCCAAUUCAAGACCCAGACAAAAGUCCCAAAGACAGGUCUCAUGAUGGUCGGCUUGGGUGGUAACAACGGCAGUACCAUGACCGCUGUUGUCCAUGCAAACCGCCGCAAAGUCGAGUUCCAGACGCGUCGUGGCGCCUAUCAGUCCAACUACUAUGGAUCUGUCACGCAAGCUGCAACCGUCAAGCUCGGUAUCGAUGAGCAAGGUGAUGACUUUUACGUCCCCUUCAACCAAGUCCUGCCCAUGGUCAACCCCAAUGAUCUCGUCAUUGGCGGAUGGGAUAUCUCCAACCUCAACCUCGCUGAAGCCAUGCAGCGCGCUCAAGUGCUCGAGUAUGACUUGCAACGUCAAGUCAGCAAGGAACUCGCCGCAUACACACCUCUCCCCUCGGUCUACUACCCAGACUUCAUUGCUGCCAACCAAGGUGAGCGUGCCAACAACGUCAUUCCCGGUGAUGACAAGUGGGCUCACGUCGAGCACCUGCGUAAAGACAUGCGUGAAUUCAAGGAGAAGCACGGUCUUGAGCAAUUGAUUGUCAUGUGGACUGCCAAUACCGAGCGUUACGCAGAAAUCAUCCCCGGUGUCAACGACACGGCAGACAACUUGCUCAAAUCCAUCAAGGCUUCGCAUGCAGAGAUUGCACCUUCUACCAUCUUUGCUGUUGCUUGUAUCUUGGAUGGCACACCUUUCGUCAAUGGAUCUCCUCAAAACACCUUCGUGCCUGGUUGUCUUGAACUUGCCGAACGUCACAAGUCCUUUGUGGGUGGUGAUGACUUCAAGUCUGGUCAAACAAAGCUCAAGUCUGUCCUUGCGCAGUUCCUGGUGGAUGCCGGUAUUCGUCCAGUGUCGAUCGCUUCCUACAACCAUUUGGGAAACAAUGAUGGCUUGAACUUGUCGGCACCUCAGCAAUUCCGCUCAAAGGAGAUCUCCAAGGCUUCUGUGGUGGAUGAUAUCAUUGCCUCCAACCAGCUCCUCUACAACGAGGAGAAGGGCAAGACGAUUGAUCACACCAUUGUCAUCAAGUACCUCAAAGCUGUUGGUGAUACCAAGAUUGCUAUGGAUUCGUAUGAAUCAGAGAUUCUCAUGGGUGGUCGCAACACCAUCACCGUCAACACUGUCUGUGAAGAUUCAUUGCUCGCAACACCCCUCAUCAUUGACUUGGUGGUUGUGGCAGAACUCUUUUCGCGUGUGCAGUACAAGAGCGAAGGUGAUGCAGAGUGGCAAAACUUCCAUGCCAUCUUGACAGUCUUGUCGUAUUGGCUCAAAGCACCCCUUCACAAGCCAGAGCGUGAAGCCAUCAAUGGUCUCAACAAGCAACGACAGGCAUUGGAGAACUUGAUGCGUGCAUUUAUUGGAUUACCACCAAACAAUGAGAUGCGUCUUGAGUCCAUUGCUACCAUCUAG